AUGAUAGAUUUGGACUAUGCAACAGACAUCAGUAACCGAAUGCAAGUUCCAAGUCGGCUAUCUCUCGCAAUGCCGGAAUUUUCAUCUGCCGAUAAUAUAUCUUCUUUGAAUUCUUCUUCGGGAGUCAUUGUCUCCGGUUCUAAUCUAUCCCACAGUGUCUUAUAUCCAUAUGAUCUCCCUGUUUCAAGACCGAGUUUAGAACCUCCGCCCGAAUCUAUUGUUUUGAGUCAGGUUGAUUAUCCAGAUAUUGAUCGCGUUACCCGAUCCCAGUAUACCCCUAUCGACCCAAGUAGAGAAAACAGCAAUCUCAGCCUUUUUAAUGGGCGUCACUACGUUAGUCCAAAUGCUACCAUGGAUGACGAUAGAACAUUAGUGGAUGUUGAUGCUAAUGGUGAGGGACACUCCAAGCCAGCAGUAUGCGACCAGGAUUUGGAAGGUAUGGAGACGCGAAUGCAGGAGUUGGUUUCUCGUGUAGCAGCCUUAGAAACUACCAUGGCCCGACAACAACGCCGUGAUCUCUUAAUUCUUCUGUUAAUUGGAGCCUACGUCCUUGCUAAGCUUGGUCGUCCAUUUCUUCGCAAUUGA